AUGACAGCAGCAAUAAUGGUUCCUCGGGUUAAUACUGCUGCUUGUCCUGAAUCCAUAGAGUUCACAGAAGCCAUAAAGGAUUCACCUCGGUUUCGCGCAGCUCUGGCGCAGCACAUGCAACAUUUUAGUCGCCUUGAAAGUAGAUUGAAUGAGAUACAAAAGCAUGUCACGGCAAUGAUGGAAUACAGCAGGAACUACGUCUCCACAUUCUAUAAACUCACAGCCUCUAUCAAUCAAAUGAGCGACGAGACUUUCUCAGGGAAUAUUCUAGCUCGGAAUACGCUACACACCCUCUCAGAUGCGUGUGGUCGUACUGUGAGCCUUAUGAAGGAUUAUCAUGAACAAUCGUGCAUGGGAUUGUACAGCUUAAUCAAUGCUUUUCUCAAAACCGAGCUGGCAAAGGUGCAAGAAGCUCGGGUUCAUUUUGAUUCAAUGUCUAAUAGUAUGGAUGAGGCACUGUCGCGUAACGCGGCUUCGACGCGAGCUCGUCCAUCUGAUGCUGCAGAUGGUCGAAAUGCACUUACGGCGGUCGGUGCCUGUUUCGCUCAUACGACGAUGGACUACGUCGCGCAGAUAAAUAUUGCUCACGCACAGAAGGACCAUCUUAUAGUUGAAGCGCUAUGGUCGUUUGUUCGCGAGACAUCUGCUUAUUUCUCCCGAGGACAUGCUGUGUUCGACGACUGGACAGCCCACGACAACGGCGGUGUCGCUGAUUCUCUCAUAGCUCUUGCUGCGAAGAGUAAAUUGGUACAGCGAAAGAUGCAAGAUAUACACUCACUUGUACCCAAGGUAGGAUAUCACCGCCGAGAAUUAAGUUUUUUUUUCGAUAGUUUUCAGCACGAGUGGGAAUUGUCGCGGAAAAAAAUUGAUGGAAAGAGGGGAAUUUUCAAAUUUGGAAGACUGUGUUAG